GAUGCACUCGAUAGCUCGGCUGCCGCUGCCUGGCACUGUAACCAGGAAGGCGCUGAGCUUAAACUGUAGCAAGUUCGGUGGACACUGGUGGUGCGCUGAUCUGAAGAAACAUUUUGAGAUUUUCGGCGCUAGCACGUCAUCCGGAGGUGUGAGCCCGAAGGUCCGGACCCAGAAAUGGGACGCCGGUCAUCAGAUACCGAAGAAGAAAGCAGAAGCAAGAGAAAAAAGAAACACCAUAGACGGUCAUCAUCUAGCAGUUCUUCAGAUGGUAGAACAUACAGCCGAAAGAAAGGUGGAAGGAAGUCAAGAUCAAAGUCAAGGUCUUGGUCCAGAGAUCUUCAGCCUCGUUCACAUUCUUAUGACAGAAGACGCAGACAUCGAUCAAGCAGUAGCUCUUCUUAUGGCUCUAGAAGAAAACGAAGUCGAAGUCGUUCAAGGGGUCGAGGGAAAUCCUAUAGAGUUCAGAGGUCUAGGUCAAAAAGCAGAACAAGAAGGUCCAGGUCAAGACCUCGUCCACGUUCUCAUAGUCGAAGCAGUGAAAGGUCCAGUCACAGAAGAACCCGUAGUCGGUCUCGGGAUAGAGAACGACGUAAAGGAAGAGAGAAGGAGAAAAGAGAAAAGGAGAAGGAUAAAGGCAAGGACAAGGAGUUACACAACAUCAAACGUGGGGAAUCUGGAAACAUCAAAGCUGGAUUAGAACAUCUGCCACCAGCUGAACAGGCCAAAGCCAGACUACAGCUUGUUCUUGAAGCUGCUGCAAAAGCUGAUGAAGCAUUGAAAGCCAAAGAAAGAAAUGAGGAAGAAGCAAAGAGAAGAAAGGAGGAAGACCAAGCCACCCUGGUAGAACAAGUAAAAAGAGUAAAAGAAAUCGAAGCUAUUGAAAGUGAUUCUUUUGUUCAGCAGUCAUUCAGAUCAAGUAAAGAAGUCAAAAAGUCGGUGGAACCUAGUGAAGUGAAACAUGCAACUUCAGCAUCAGGACCAGCAGCAGCAGUUGCUGAUUCUCCCAGUAUUGAGAAAGAAAUAGAUGCUAGCAGCAUCCCUACUGCUAUCAAGUACCAAGAUGACAAUUCUCUGGCCCAUCCAAAUUUAUUUGUUGAGAAAGCUGAUGCUGAAGAGAAGUGGUUCAAGAGGUUAAUUGCUCUCCGACAAGAAAGACUAAUGGGCAGUCCUGUAGCCUAAGAAAUAUACAUGUGGUUAAAUUGACAGUAACAUUAGAAAUUUAGGUUUUUAAAUCCCAAUAUUAACUUUUUACUCAUAAAAAGGAUUUAGUUGAUUCUGUUAAAAGGUAAUCUCAUUUCAUUCUUCUCUCAUAUAGUCUUGAAUAUUUGUUGAUUUGAACUAAAUCAUACAUUGUGAAUAAAACUAGUAUAAAAUUUAAGAAUGCAUGGAAAUAUUAUACUGUUAAUAAAGCUAAUCCUUAAAAAGUCAGUAUUAAAAUAAAUGGUACACAGUAGUGUUUCUUAGUGGAAUUAAAAAAAUGUCACGUUUUCAUUUAAAGUUAUAAUUUUGAGUAAUCAUGCAUAUAUUAAGAAUCAAAUUAUAUGUUAUAAAUAUGAGAUUUCAUCUUCCAUGUAUUAUGAAACCAUUUUUAAAACUUAUUUCACCUUACUGCAAAUUUUUAGGCACAAUGAAAUGCACCCUAAACAGUCUAAGCAGAAUGUACAUGUUAAACUUAAAGGAAUAACAUGUUUAUUGAAAAAAUUUCUUGAAACUUAAAUAAAUUGAGAUGGGCUUCCACUGGGAUGGUUGCUCCUUUGAAACAUGUUAGCAAAUCCCAGCUCAUUCUUUUAGAAAUCACAUGUUCAUGCUAGAUCUAACUAGUUAGCCAAAUACCCAUGAUGGGGAAAUCAUUUCUGAGGAAAGUGGUAAGAGCCCCCACUUCAGUCUUACUUAACCAACUACUAUUCCCUGUGGAGAAAGCCAGCUAAUUGUUGUUUCCAUAGGGCUAUCUACCAUUGUAGAAUACCUUGCUCUAGUAGCUAAACGACAAUCAACUGUGCAUUCCACACUGGACAUGUUGAGAUAAGGACUUUUAGGCCUUGCUUUAUAAAACUAG